AUGGUGGAAUUGGGGUUCCCCUAUAAAUUCAUUCAAUGGGUAAUAGAGUGCAUCACUUCUGUCUCUUAUUCCUUGGUCUUAAAUGGUGGAUUAACAGAGCCUUUCCAAGGGAAAAGAGGAAUUAGACAGGGUGCAAGAAACUGGGAAUACUACACAUAUAUUUUGCUGAUGUUUUGCAAAGCUGAAAUACAAUCUAUAAAGCUGCUACAAAAGGCUUUUCUAAAGUUUUCAGCUGCUUCAAGGCUACAAGCAAACAUUGACAAGAGCCCAAUUUAUAUGACUGGGGUAAAGGAGCCAUUUAAACAACAACUUCUCCAGACACUUGGCUUCUGUGAAGGAUCCCUUCCUUUCAAAUACCUGGGUGUCCCUUUGUCCUCAAAGAAGCUCACAAUUGCCCAGUGUCUACCAUUCGUUGGGAAAAUUACAGAAAAGAUGAAGUGCUGGUAUGCAAGGCUGCUUUCUUAUGCAAGCAGAUUGCAGCUGAUUAAGUCUGUUAUUUUUGGGGUUCAAAUCUAUUGGGCUCAGAUUUUCAUACUACCUAAGAGAAUAAUGAAAAUGAUUGAUAGUAUAUGCAGGUCCUUCCUAUGGACAGGGUCAACUGAAAUUUCUAAAAAGGCAUUGGUCUCUUGGGCUAAGAUUUGUCUUCCAAAAGCUGCAGGGGGUCACAAUGUCCUGGACCUGUGCCUAUGGAACAAAGCUGCAAUCCUAAAACAUCUCUGGGCUUUGGCUAAGAAAAAGGACUGUCUUUGGAUUAGGUGGGUGCAUAGUUACUACAUAAAGCAAGAUUAUUUAUGUCCCAUACCUGCAAAUGCUACAUGGGUGGUAAGGAAGAUAUUGGAAGUAAGGAAAUAUGUUCUACAGUCACAAACUCUUCAAGGUGAUUUACACACAAGAUUAUCAACUGUGGUGGCAGGCUCAAAAUUCUCAAUUCAGCAAAUGUAUGUUGCAUUACUCCCACAAUAUCAAAAAGUCCCCUAG